CUCAUUACACAUUUCAUAAGACCUCACGAAGCAAACCAAUUCUAUUUUUUUGUAAGAGAGAGAGAGACAUAGCCAGAGAAUAACACUUGUUCUUAAUAUGCCAACAUCGCUACAGUUUCAGAGAUCCUCCACCGCCGCAGAAUCAGCCAACCACCACAACAAACAGCUUCAGAAAAUGAGCCUCACGCUGGGCAUGGCUGAUGUCCCGGAGCACGUGGAGCUUUCUCACACGCACGUGGUGGAGCCAUCUCAGUGCUUCUCCGUCGUUGUACAGGACGUGAACGCUCCUGCUUCCACCGUCUGGUCGAUCCUCAGCCGCUUCGAACACCCUCAAGCGUAUAAACACUUUGUGAGGAGCUGCCACGUGGCUGCCGGAGACGGUCGAGAGGUUGGCUCCGUGAGGGAGGUCCGAGUCGUCUCUGGUCUCCCCGCCGCGUUCAGCUUAGAGAGGCUUGAGAUCAUGGACGAGGAUCGCCGCGUCAUGAGCUUCAGCGUCGUGGGUGGGGACCACAGGCUUCAGAACUACAGAUCGGUCACGACGGUGCACGAGUCGCCGGACAGCAAGAAGAAGACACGUGUCGUGGAGUCGUACGUUGUUGACGUGCCGUCUGGUAAUGAUAAGGAUGAGACUUGCAGCUUCGCCGACACCAUUGUACGUUGCAACUUGCAGUCGUUGGCUAAACUCGCCGAGAACCCGCCUAGAAUCUCGUAAUUACAUUUUCGUUUGAAAACUUUUUAAUUUUAUAUUUAUCUUCUAAUAUAUUCUCUAUUUCAAAGAUUUUAUCCGUUUUUAGGCUCUAGAUUAUUUAAUAAUCGUCGGGGAUUUUUCGAAACUACAAAAAAUGAAUGGUUUUGGUUUUUCGGAGUUAGGGUUUUAGGGUUUGUUAAGUGUUCGUUUCAACGAUACUUUAGUUUACCCUUAAGAUCGGUUACUUCUUGAACUUAUGUGUAAAUACAAUCUCGUAGCUUUUAAAUAAACAAGACAUUGUUUGCAUAGGUUUUUAUCUCCCUAGUGCUCUUGUUUCCAGUUACUUUAAAUAUGUAUGAUCUUUGUUUAAUCAUGUAACAAUAUAAUGUUCAGUUACUGACUAUUGUUUUUAUGUUUUCGAGAUUAUGAUCUCUAGUUUGAAUCUGAUAAUUUUUAAGGUACGGCAA